AUGAAGACGGGCGUGAUCGUCUUGUCCGUCGUGGUAGCGUUGUUUGGGGUGGCCAGUGCUGUGUUGGGGUUCAUCGCCGAGGGCACCAAGCUCGCGCCGGGUGACAUCAAGAUAUCCAGGAACGAGUGCGUGUACCCUGACAACCCGGCAUACGCACUGGGGUUAGUGGCGGCCCUCCUGUUGCUGGUGGCGCAGAUCACCGCCUCGGCCGUCGGCGGUUGUUGCGGCUGCUGCAAGCCUCGGGGCGCCGGCUUUUCCGGGUCGAAGCGUUCAAGGUCCAAGAGGAUCAUUGGCGUUGGCGUCGUCCUCUGCCUCGGCUCAUGGAUAGUAGCGUUGAUCGCGGAGUGGUUCUUCUUGCGAGGUGCGUUUUGGAACGCCCCCAUGGCGCGCGGAACUGCACAGGGCCGGGGAUGCUACUACCUCAAGGACGGCGUCUUCAGGAUGGGGGCCAUUGUGAGCAUCGUCGCCACCGUGCUCGCGAUCAUAUCUUACAUCAUGCUUUGCGCGGCGGCAGGAGGUGCUAGUACUACCACCACUACCCUGGGAAUGGGGGCUGUGGCGGGGCCGUCGUCAGCAGGCAAUACCAAGCCCGACGGGAUCGCGGUCGGCCAGCCUGCUGCCUCUCAACAACACGCACAAGCUUGUCUGAAGGCGACAGGGAGGGCUCCCCCGUCGCACCCGCCGGCCCCCUUCUCCCCCGCACUCCUCCCUCGCCGCCGCCAGAAGGCGUGGCCAGGCAACGCCUGGCUCGCGUCGGCGGCGGCGGGGCCCUUUUCUUCCUCGCUCGGGGGUGCUGCGGCGGGGCGGCAUCCUUGCGCCAAGCCGGCGUGCCGACGUGGGGCGCUUCGAGGACGGUGGCGCUCAGAGCCCCUGCGGCAGCGAGGCGCGGGUGGGCAGGUGGCCUAG